AUUGGUAGUACUAACAAUUUGUUGACAGGUAGUUAACGUUUCUCGUUGCGAAUGGUUUCAGCAAAAUAAACCAGGAUGAGCGCCGUUAAUCUGCGCCAACAGAAAUUGGAGCAACAGCGUCAAUUGAUGGAACAGAAGAUGCGCCAGAAAAGGCAAACACUUGGUAUGGUUCAAGCCUCAGACGCCCGUGCUUCUUCAGCUAAAGGCCCAAAUGGGUUUCAGCCGAGGCUUUCGCUCCCGUCACGAGGAAGAGAACUGCAUGGAUAUGACGGGCCCCUGCAGUUCACUAUGGAGCCAGGGAAUCCAGAUCUGGUGAUAUCAUUACCGGCGAAUGGUUCAGAAGCUUCACACCGCGAGGAAAACGAUGUUUGUCAAGUAGAGACUUUGCAACUAGGGGAUCAAGACCAAGAUGUUGAAGAUGAAGAAUCUACACCAGUAUCUCCACCAACCCCAGUCAACACCUUGGCCCUUGCUGUGGCACCAUCGGCUGAUUCAAACUUCAUCACACUCAGCUCAAAUGAGCGGGAAAUAGAAGGUGAUGUUGAAGGAAGCCUGGAGACUUUUGUUUUGGAACCAGGAACUCAAGGUGUUCACUAUAAGUGUAGAAUAACAAGGGACAGAAAGGGAAUGGAUCGUGGCUUAUAUCCAACAUACUUUUUACAUCUUGAGCGUGAUUAUGGUAAAAAGGUGUUUUUGCUAGCUGGCAGAAAACGUAAGAAGAGCACAACAAGUAACUACCUCAUAUCUACAGAUCCAACUGAUUUAUCAAGAACUGGAGAGUCCUAUGUUGGGAAGUUAAGAUCCAACCUGCUAGGAACUCAUUUCACAGUUUACGACAAUGGCUAUUCUCCCAAAAAAGCUGAGUCAAAAGAAGAUUGGAAACGUUCACCUCGACAGGAAUUGGCUGCUGUAGUCUAUGAUACAAAUGUUCUUGGCUUCAAAGGUCCAAGGAAAAUGACAGUUAUAUUGCCGGGGAUGACUCAAGAGCACAAGAGGGUACAAAUCUGCCCUCAAGAUGAACAUGAAGGUUUGCUGGAGUGCUGGCGAAAUAAAAAUAUGGAUAAUCUCAUAGAGCUUCAUAAUAAAACACCAGUAUGGAAUGAUGACACACAGUCAUAUGUGCUGAACUUCCAUGGGAGAGUCACUCAGGCAUCAGUAAAAAAUUUCCAGAUUGUUCAUGACAGUGAUGUUGAUUACAUAGUAAUGCAGUUUGGUCGUAUUUCCGAAGAUGUCUUCACAAUGGAUUACCGAUAUCCUAUGUGUGCACUACAAGCGUUUGCUAUUGCUUUAAGCAGUUUUGAUAGCAAGUUAGCGUGUGAGUGACAGUUUAGAAGCAUGCAAAGUUUUAUGAUAAUCGUACAUUAUCAAACAAUGGAACCCGAAGAUAUGAAGAUGAAUAUGCUGUAGCAGUAUGCAGGAAAGAAUGUUACUUCUUAAAUCCACGUGAUUGCAUUUUUACAAUUUGCAGUACCAGUCAUCACAAGAUAGACACUGUUGUAUGUGCCACGUGUGUGGCUGGAGCACGCACAAUCAUUGUACACUUUGAGUAGAACUGCUAGUUUGUCUUUUUUAAUGUAUGUGUGCUGUGUGGAGAUAACAGUAUUUAUAUUUCAUACGUAUGUGACCUUUAAGAUGACGGUUUCUAGUCCUAAGCAAAACAUGAUACAAUUUAUAUUUUUUUAAUGGUAUUUUAAUGACAUAUGAAGACUUGAUUUAUGUCACAGUUCAUAAUAUUUGUGUAUAAUUUGGCAUGCAGUUGCUUGUCAGUCUGCAGCAAACUUAAGUAUAAAGUUGCACAUGUCAGAAAAGUCUUUCAAUAUUUUACCUCUCAUAAGAAAAUAAUGCCAUUGCAUGA